UGCUCGCUCGCUCGCUCGCGGAGGCGGAGGAGGAGGAGGAGGAGGAGGACGAGACCCAGAGAGGGAGGUACGUAGCUCCAGCUCAGCUCCGUCGCGCGCCCGUACUUUGGUCGCCGGAGAAGAAGCACCUUCCCGCCGCCGCCGCCGCCGCCGCACUUUGGCGACGCGAGGACGACGUGCGUGCGUGCAGUGCUGCGUGGGUGAGGAGAAGGAAGGACGUCCGUGUAUGGCUGGAGCAGCCGGCGCCGGUGCGGCGCUGUGCCUUCUCGCCUUCGUCGCCGUCGCUGCGAAGGCGGGCGACGACGGCGGAAUCGGAGGCCGCGGGCGGAAGCUGGGGCGUCACGGCGGCGGCGGCGGCUAUUCCACCAAGUGCGCGAAUCACGAGGCGGCGCCCUCCCCUUCGCCGGCGGCGAUGGCGGGCUCCGCCGACCAGUUCCGCGGCCAGGCGCGGCUCCCGCGGUUCGCGGCGCCGCGGCGGUACGAGCUCCGCCUCCGCCCCGACCUCGUCGCGUGCACCUUCGCCGGCGUCGCCUCCGUCGCCGUCGACGUCUCCGCGCCCACCCGCUUCCUCGUCCUCAACUCCGCCGACCUCGCCGUCGACCGCGCCUCCAUCCGCUUCCGGGGUCUGGCGCCGGCGGAGGUGUAUCUGUUCGAGGAUGACGAGAUCCUGGUGCUCGAGUUCGACGGGGAGCUGCCGCUCGGGCAGGGCGUGCUCGCGAUGGACUUCAACGGCACGCUCAACGAUCAGAUGAGGGGCUUCUACAGAAGUAAAUAUGAGUAUAAAGGGGAGACCAAAAAUAUGGCGGUGACCCAAUUUGAGUCUGUAGAUGCUCGACGGUGUUUCCCUUGCUGGGAUGAGCCUGCAUUCAAGGCAAAGUUCAAGUUAACACUUGAAGUUCCAUCUGAGCUGGUAGCUUUGUCCAACAUGCCAGUAGCUUGUGAGACAACUGCUGGUCCUAUCAAGACCGUCCACUAUGAGGAAUCACCCCUUAUGUCAACUUAUUUAGUGGCCAUAGUUGUUGGUUUGUUUGAUUAUGUAGAAGGUGUAACAUCCGAAGGCAACAAAGUCCGUGUGUACACUCAAGUUGGUAAGAGUAAGCAAGGGAAGUUUGCACUAGAUGUCGGAGUUAAGUCAUUGAAUUUCUACAAAGACUACUUUGAUACUCCAUAUCCACUCCCUAAGUUGGAUAUGGUUGCUAUCCCUGAUUUUGCUGCUGGCGCCAUGGAGAACUAUGGAUUGGUCACUUAUCGGGAAGUUUCUUUGCUUUUUGAUGAGCAGUCUUCAUCAGCAUCCUUCAAACAGAAUGUAGCAAUUACCGUCGCACAUGAAUUGGCUCAUCAAUGGUUCGGUAAUCUUGUAACCAUGGAAUGGUGGACUCACUUGUGGCUAAACGAGGGUUUUGCUACAUGGAUGAGCCAUUUGUCAGUAGAUUCUUUUUUCCCGGAGUGGAAUAUUUGGACGCAGUUUCUUGAUAGUACAACCUCUGCUCUGAAAUUGGAUUCCCUAAGUGAGUCUCAUCCUAUUGAGGUUGAAAUACACCAUGCCAGUGAGGUAGAUGAGAUUUUUGACGCCAUAAGCUAUGACAAGGGUGCCUCUGUUAUUCGAAUGCUACAAAGUUACCUAGGUGCAGAGCGUUUUCAGAAAGCGUUGGCUUCAUAUAUAAAAAAGUAUGCCUACUCAAAUGCUAAAACUGAGGACCUGUGGGCUGUUCUUGAAGAUGUAUCUGGUGAACCUGUCAAAGAUUUGAUGACUACGUGGACGAAGCAACAAGGUUAUCCUGUUGUUACUGUGAAACUUAAUGGACAUAAUUUGGAAGUUAAACAGGACCAGUUUUUGUUAGAUGGAUCCUCUGGUUCCAGCAUCUGGAUUGUCCCUAUUACUUUAGGAUGCUGUUCACAUGAUAAGCAGAAAAGAUUCUUAUUGAAACAUAAACAUGAUAGUAUAAAAGACAUUGAUUCGCAAUGUAGUGGGCAACAAAAGGGUGAAAACUUCUGGAUUAAGUUGAACAUGGAUGAAACCGGAUUUUAUAGAGUUAAAUAUGAUAAUGAGCUUACAGCUGCGCUUCGAAAGGCAAUUCAGGCCAAGAAACUCUCUCUAAUGGAUGAAAUUGGCAUUGUGGAAGAUGCACAUGCCCUUUCUAUUGCCUGCAAGCAAACAUUGUCAUCAUUGCUACAUUUACUGUAUGCAUACCGUGAGGCAGCUGAUUACAGUGUUCUUUCACACAUAAACUCUGUAACUUCGAGUGUUGCUAAAAUAUCAGUUGACGCAACUCCUGACUUGGCUGGUGACAUCAAACAACUUUUUAUCAAGCUUCUUCUCCCUACUGCUGAAAAAUUAGGUUGGGACCCUAAAGACAGUGAAAGCCACCUGGAUGUAAUGCUUAGACCAGUGCUCUUGGUUGCCCUUGUUCAGCUUGGGCAUGAUAAGACUAUAAGUGAGGGAGCUAGGCGUUUCCAAAUCUUCUUUGAUGAUCGCAACACUUCCCUUCUUCCUCCAGAUACUAGAAAGGCUGCAUACCUCUCUGUUAUGCAUAAUGUUAGUAGCUCAAAUAGAUCUGGUUACGAUGCUCUUCGAAGGAUCUAUAAUGAAUCAGCUGAAGGGGAGGAAAAGUUAAUUGUCUUAGGCACUCUUUCUUCUUCCAAGGAUAAAGAUAUUGUUCUUGAAUCGUUGAAUUUAAUGUUCACAAAUGAGGUUCGCAAUCAAGAUGCAUAUCGUCUGCUUGUAGGUAUUAUACCAGAGGCACGUGAAACUGCAUGGUCCUGGUUGAAGGGAAACUGGGAUCGUAUCUCAGAGACCUUUGCAGCAAGCUCCCUCAUAGCAGAUUUUAUAAAAUAUACUGUCACAUUGUUCACCUCGAAAGAGAAGGAAGUAGAGAUCUCCCAGUUCUUUGCGACCCGCACUAAGCCUGGGUUCGAGAGGACACUGAAGCAGAGCCUCGAGAAGGUGCUGAUCAACGCCAGGUGGAUCAAAGGCAUCAGGGGUGAAAAUGAGCUUGCUCAGACUGUGCAUGAGCUGCUCAACAAACUCUGAUCUAUAUCCAGUGUGAUGCUUCCCGGGAGCUGCAUUCCUCCUGCUAUGAAGUGCCAACUUUUAGCCAAAGCAUUUGUUGCAGCAGCUCAUUGUUGCCAUGUUUAUAAGUCAUGAACUGCAUGAUAGGAGGCAAAGGGAUAUGUAGUGCUCAUCGUUUUUCUUCAUAGGUUGUACAGCUUGUGCCAACUUUUAGCCAAGGAACAAUUCAUGAUUCAAGAGCUGUCGCACUCUUCUACUGUAA